AUGUUGAUCCCAUAUGAGCAAUAUACAAAGCACUCACCAGAUAUCGAAACAGAAACUGCACAACCCCCCGCCGCAAAAGAGGACUACUACAAUCCUCUAGAAAGCAUAAUCGAGACACUGGACGUGCUCAAGAAUGAUUUCGCAACCCAAGAAUACUGCGACUUGAGAAGCCUUUCUGCCACCUUGACAGGAGGGUUGACAUGCAAUGAAGAAGGCUUACGCGAGGUUAUCAAUGAGAAGAAUGCAACACAGCACUACUACGAUUUCUGUGCGUACCGCCACGCCAAAUCUGAAGAUACCAGAAACCCUGGAACAACAGAGGCUGAAUCCUCGACUCUUUCUCUCUCUCAGGACUACAAAAAGGGCGACAACAAGCGGUACACUGCCGCAUACCUUGCCGAAAGUACCCGCUGCUUCCUAACUCGCGACGGACGGUUAGGACUGGGGCCGAGAAUCACUGCAGGCGGAGAUCAGAUUUGGCUUCCUAUGGGCGCCGAUACACCGUUCGUGCUGAGACCUCUUCACGAUGGCAACUUCAAGAUUCUUGGACAGGCUUACUUGCAUGGCGUUAUGCAUGGAGAGGCGGUUGCGCAUUUGACCGAGGGUGAUUUCGAGGUCGUGAAGCUGGUUUGA